ACUUUUUGGCUAGAGGCGCUCAUUGAAGCAUUCCUCUCAUCUAGUUUUCCUCGUCCUCGUCCGAUUUACCUGCUCUCAAAUUCUGGUUUGAUAUGGGUCGUCUACGACAGAAGGGAAAGGCUGGUGCUGCAAAGGCGUAUGUUACUCGGUCAGCUGCCGUGAAGAGGCUUCAAUGCUCCCUAGCAGACUUCAGACGACUUUGCAUUUUGAAAGGAAUCUUUCCACGUGAACCCCGUAACAGAAAGCGUGCUAACAAAGGCUCUUCGGCUCCUACAAACUUUUACUAUGCGAAGGAUAUCGCAUACCUCGCACAUGAGCCGGUUCUGAAGAAGCUGCGAGAACAUAAAGCAUUUGCAAAGAAGCUUGCUCGUGCUCUCGGACGUGGAGAGUGGAGUAGUGCCAAAAGUUUGGAGGACAACAAACCUGUGUAUAGGUUGGACCAUAUUAUCAAGGAGCGUUACCCCACCUUCAUCGACGCAGUUCGAGACAUCGACGAUGCGCUGUGUAUGAUCUUCCUAUUUGCAUCUUUGCCUUCAGAUUCGAAGGUAUCUCCUUCGCUGAUCGAGAACUGUGCACGUCUUGCUGCCGAAUGGCAAUUAUACAUCAUGCACACCCACGCACUCCGCAAAGUCUUCCUUUCUAUCAAAGGCGUAUACUACCAGGCCGAGGUCUUCGAUCAGACUGUAACAUGGCUGGUUCCGUACCAGUUCACCCAAAAUAUCCCCUCUGACGUCGACGUUCGAGUCAUGCUCACGUUCCUCGAACUUUACCAGACCUUGCUUGGAUUCGUCUUCUUCAAGCUUUACACCGACGCGGGGCUCGUAUACCCCCCACCACUAGACACCAAAAAGGACGAAAGCGCCGCGGGAGUCGGCGCGUUUAGCCUCCAGGAAGUUCAACAUACCGCAGGGCCUGAGCCAGCAUCAAAAGCCAAGACGCUCGAUGCUGAUGGCAAGCGGGUCUCGAGCAAAGACGUUCGCCAGACUAUCAAGAGCAUCUCUGCCACCGUGGUGGACGAUGUUGAUGUUGACAUGCCAAACGUUGACUCUACGUCGGAGGAGGCGGACGAAGACUUUGUAGCGCAGCCCUCACGCUCCAACCCUCAAGAGACCGCUGCUCUGCCAACAUUGCAAGCAUUGAACUCGAUACCUCAGUCAACAUCUACAAAACUCUUCUCACCGUAUACCUUCUGGCUAUCAAGAGAGACCUCCCGACCUAUCUUCGAAUUCCUCGUGCGAUCAUAUGGGGGUCGGAUUGGAUGGCCUGCGACCUCUGGUAGCGGAUCACCUUUCGAGGAAGAUGACGAGUCAAUAACGCAUGUCAUUAUCGAUCGUCCACUCGUGGUCAAAGACAAUGAGACAGAGGAAGAACGUGAAAGGCGGCAACGGCGGAAGUACGUGCAACCACAGUGGGUGGUUGAUUGUAUAAACGCUGGUAAGGUUCUCCUGGAGGAACCGUAUGCUCAAGGGAAGACGCUUCCACCUCAUCUGAGUCCCUUCGAAGAUCGUGCCGGCGCAUAUGAUCCUACCCUUGGCCUUGGGGCGCAGGACGUGUCCAUGGAAGAUGAGGAGGAGAGCGAAGUGGAGGAUGUAAGUGAGCCUGAGGAAGAUGCAGAAGAGGAGGCGGCACGGCCUGAGAAAGCUGCCCUCAAGGCGGCCGCUGCUGCUGAGGAUGCUGCUGCCCUUCGUGCAGCUGAGUUAGAAGCUGAAGCUGCUGGUGUCGACUUUGGUACGUUUGAAAAGACAGCACAGAAGGCGAGAAAGAAGGCGAAGUCAUCGGAGACUCCUGCUGUAGACGAGUCAGAGCAAGAUAUGAACAAGAUGUUGAUGAGCAACAAGCAGAGGAAACUCUUCGAGAGGAUGAAGCACGGGGAGAAGAAGCGUGCAGCUGAGGUGAGUUCUUCAGGCAAGUGUGAUUGUGCAUCUCUCAUUAUUUUUCGUAGCGACAAAACCUCGAAGAAAAGAAACGAGUUAUAGAGAAAGAGAAGAAACGGAGGGCGAAGUCGUGAUUUUAUCUUACACGGUUCCAGUUGUCACCUAGUUCAUAUCAGUCUUUGGUCAUGGUAUAAUAUACAUUUGGUACAAUCAUAUCCGAAGUCUUUCAGAAAUAUCCUUCCGAUUCCUCAAUCUUCUUGAUAGCGUCGAAAAUUUCACCCAGUGCGAUCCAACCAAAGCUCUUUGCUCCAAACGAAUCUUGCUCCAAGUUGGCAAUACGAAACGCUACCCAAGCUCUCUCCAGUGACCUUUCUAGGAGUAUUCCUUCAUCUCCUUCGAUUUGCUGUCCCACACCUUGGACGAGGGGAGCAGUACGUUCACGCAUCUUUGACAUGUUGUCCUUGCGUUUUCUUGGUUGAGAGCUUUUGGCAACGAUUGUCCCAACC